AUGAACAUUAUGAAGCGAUUCUGCUGCUGUAGUGGUGACGAGGACUACGGCACGCCAUACGAACGUUUCUAUGACGAGUCACGUGUCACGCCGGUUCGAAGGGAAGAUCCCCGAAUAAACGGUGGCGUUGAAUCUAUCUAUAUAGUGCCUUUCAGACGUCCCAUAGAAGAGACGGAUAAUGCCGAAAAGCAGAGCGAACGAAAAAAAGUUAAGACAAGAGAGGAACUGGAAGAAGAAGCUCUUAACAGGAUCCUUGAGAACUUUCAGCACAAUAUCAUCGACGUCUCUCAUCUUGACGGGAUGACGUUGAAUACAUCCGAUUACUUGGCACGUACCCAACAGUACGAGGAAGCUAUCCGUGUGCACGAUCACAGUGCGAGUCGUGCUGCUAACACUGGAAAUCGACUAAUAGAAGAUAGUGGGAGUAAAGUCGUCGACUGGUUGUGCAAACCAGGACCAACUCGAGAAACUUACGCAGAAAUUCAGCAGUUAACUGCUGAGGUACACGAGGCAAUUGCUCAAGGAAUGGUAGUGCAACAUAAAACGGAUCUUGUUGUGUACAUGGAUCUUUGA